AUGACUGUGGUAGAGCCUGAGGAUCUUACUACAAUUUUCACUGUGGACUGGCUCAGCAGACCUUGUGGUGAUGUCAAAAUUGAUUGGACUUAUGCAGUGCACAUCCGGUCUAAAUAUCCAGAAAUCAACCUUCUGCAGGCCUGGCCAAAGGGCUUGAACUCUGGAGUUGAAUUAACUAUUGUACUUGAUACAACUCCCACCAUUGGUGAUAAUGAAAGCCUGGUUGAUUCAACCCCUACAAAAGAUACUAAUAGGACUUCAAACACACUCAUGAAGCCCAUCUCACUUCUUCCUCUGAUGGGCCACCCAUCUCCUGUUUUGGUCCUUUAA